AUGUUUAAAAACAUUUUUUUAUGUUUUUCCUUUUUGCUCUUUUCACAACUAAAUUAUAUAUUAUGCGAUUACCGAAAAUGCUCAAGCGUCACUAGUGAUGAAGAAGUCUUAUCUUAUUGUAAGAACGGGUCAGAAUGUUAUAUCAAGAAUGUAGGUAAUUCUGAAUAUUCAUCUAUUUCCUGCUUAUGCAAAAAAUAUAUGGAAGACUACUUUUUUGCUGGACCUGAUUGCUCGAUAAGGAUUCCCUAUCACUAUAAAACCAUGAAAUAUAACGAAGUUCUUAAUACUAGCUGGAUAGAGGACUUAUUUAAAAUAAAUACAUGGAAAAAUGAAGAAAAUAGAGUGGGUAAAAUUUGUGUCAACCCCCAAUGCACUUAA